AUGUCUGAUCCUGAUCAGUCACGGAGUUCAUUAAAUAAAAAACAAAAUGAUCAAAUAAAUGAAAAAUUAUGGAACGAUCUUGUAAUUGAUUUUCAUCUCGAAGCUUUUAAGUUUCCAGAUAAUAAAAUUUAUGGAAUUGUUAAAGUUAUACCUGAAUCAUCUCGUAGACUUAUUAAAAAAUUUAUUUUAGUCGUUAAUAAAAGAACUGAAAUAGACUUUCAUGUUAGUUAUGAUUCUAUAGCAGCAUCAGGUUUUAAUACAAAUACAAAGGAUCCAUCAGCUUAUAUCAAAGCCAUACCGAAUAAUACAAAAUGGGCACAAGAAACAAAAUUAUCAAAAAACUGUUAUUUUCAUUUUAUUCAUGAUGAUGUUUUUGCUUUAAGUCCAACGAUAAGUUUCACACGGUCGAAGGCUGAUAAAAAUGCUAAAGCAGAUCUCAAUAUUGAAUGGUUCCAUCUAGGGGAUAGAAUUGCUCAUAAAUAUAUUAUGUAUUUAGAUGGUUUUGAAAAUGGUGAAAAUCAUACUUUUCAAUUAGUAGCAAAAUUACUUAAUGGGAAAGAAACGUAUCAAUCUGAUCUUAUGAAAUUUGAAGUUCCUGAGUUAGAUUCUUUUAAGAAUCACGAUUAUUCUGAGAAUCAAGAUGAACUUAAGAGCCAAGAUGAAUUCAUCACUGUAACAAAUGAACUACCUCCUCCAAAUCUACCAAGCAUCCCUCCUACAAAAGAUGAUAUAAUAUCAGAUGUUAUUGAGAAUAACCAAGAACAAAGUCCUAAAACACCAUCCGUACUUAAAGAAUCACCUAAGAAUGAUAAUAAAAUGUAUACUUGUUGUAAUGAUUCACCACACAAGGAGUUUCCUGGAAUAGAACAUUAUUUUAAAAAUAUUGGUCAUUUAAUUCCAACUUCCCCGAAGUCGUCGAUUAAUGGAAACAAAAAAUCUAUACCACCUAAAGAAAAAACUAAUAAUGAUGAUGAUGAUAUUGUUAUGUCGUAG